ACGAUAGCCGCUAGUAUCUCGCCGGCAAGGUCAACCUGGCCCGCCCGACGCCGUCCCCAGGUGUGCGGCUCUUCGUUGCGGUGUGUGCGUUUCGCGUGGCCACGAAACAGUACGGAUGUGAUCCGGGUUCACGCGCAGACGAUCCACGAGCCCCGACGUAAAUAAAAACAGUGCUCGGCCACAGCAAUGGCCCGGCCCGCGACCUGCCCAAUGUAUGCAUUACUACUACCACUACUACUGGUGUCAAUAUGCACGGCUGGUGCCGCAACGCAAGAGGCCACUCUAAGAGAUGCCGCUAUGCAUGACUUCGACUGGAAGCUGGUCCGGGAAGUGUUCCGGCACGAGGACUCCAAUGUGGUGUUUUCACCGUUUUCUCUCAAACUGCUGAUGACGCUGCUGUACGAGGCCAGCGAAGUGGGCUCGCAAACACGCCACGAGCUCGAGGCCGUUCUGGGUGAGCGGAAUCUAAAUCAAACGCGUGACUUCUACGGCCAAUUUCUGGAAGCAUCCACGAAAACGAACGGGGAUUACGAUUUCGAUAUCGGCACCCGGGUGUUUCUGGACAAAUCGCACGGAAAACUUAAUCCACAGUACAGGGAGCUGCUCGAGCGCACGUACCGUACCUCGCUCGAGCGGCUGUCAUUCAACGAGACACGAGUGGCCGCCGAUCGGAUUAAUCAGUGGUGCGAAAAGGUGACACAGGGACACAUCCGUGACCUGGUAAAAGAAGAUACCAUCCACGGGUCAAUGCUUAUCUUGGCGAACGUGCUGUUUCUGAAGGCAUCCUGGAAGAACUCGUUCCUCGACGAGCAUACGCACGACCGGGAGUUCCACAUCGGGCCCAACGCCAGCGUCGCGGUACAGUUUAUGCACCAGACAGACCUGUACGAUUAUACCGACCACGCGGAACUGCGAGCGCAAGUGCUGCGCCUCCCGUACAAGGGCCGUCAGUUUAGCAUGAAUAUGGUGCUGCCCCAUCCGAACGUCAGCCUGGCAACCGUUGCCGCCAGCCUGUCAUCCAAAAUGCUCGACUCUGUCGCCAAGCGAUUCGUACGGGAAGAGGUGACUGUAAUUAUACCAAAAUUCAAGUUCAACUUUGGCACACUCAUGAACGAGGCGAUGCAAAGCCUCGGAAUACGAGACAUUUUCUCGCGCAACGCUUCGCUGCCGAUGCUUUCUUCGUUCAGUAACUCCUCGAAAACUGGCGAUCUGGAGGUAUCGAAGAUUUUGCAGAAAGUAGGCAUUGAAAUCAACGAAAAGGGAACGCUUGCCUUCGCCGCCACAGAAAUUCAACUGGUAAAUAAAUUUGGCUACGAUGGCGAUCCGUUCAUCUUCGAAGCGAACCGACCGUUCGUGUUCUAUAUUCUCGACGAGGAAACCAACACAAUCCUGUUCGUGGGACAGGUGCUGGAUCCGUCUCAAAGAACGGCCACAUAGCGAGCGUUCGCGGUGGAGGAGAGUCUUGCCUGUACUAGCUUUAAGAUGACCGAUCCAUUCCAUGGCCUCGCAAUGCUCAGUAAGAAAGGCAGUUUGGGUGAACUUUAGCAAGCCGAGGUUAGCAUUUACCUUGGAAUAAUUUCUGUAAGCCAUCGACCGGGAACACUACAUUCCAGCCAACCACUUAGCGGCAAUUAAGCCAUCAUGCGUCAGGGUACAGUGCCGUGCAACAAACGACUGACAUAAAUUGGGACUGCGCCCGGAAUGAUGCCACUCGCGAGUUAGUAAUCGACAAUCGUUGCGUUCCUUUAGUGACUAAGUUUAAUAGGGAACAAAAUAAACAAAAGCAUCGUUGUUGCAAUCUACUCAUAGACUUUCCAACCACUUUCGCAGGAAAUAACCUGGAAAGGGGAUUUUCAGUGCUUCACUCCUGGCUUAUCAAACAGUGCGAUAAGGUGUCGAAGUCUUCGGCUGCGAAAUUCCUAGGAGAUAACAAAACCAGGGCAUGUAUAUGUUAUUUUAUAAAAAUAGUUUCCAUCCAGUGAGAAGUAUGGAGCGUUCUAGGGACUAGGCGUUACGUAACUGAAAUUCCAAAACCGGACCAAAAGUUUAUUUCGGAAUUGAUCUUACAACUCUGAUCAAUGCUAUUAAGAUGCCAAACAGAAUAAACAGACAGAACACAGCACAGAAGUACAGAACGCGGGACAAACUUGUUGUGCCAUCUGUGCCACGUUAAGUACGAUGUUUACGCAGUCAGUUAUCGGUCAUAGAGUGUCCUUGCUCAGACUAAGGAGUUCAAAUAUAAGGAAUUGUCACU